GUUAAAGGGGAAACUUGACAGCGCCGCCGCCCGCUCCGCUCCGCGCCCGCUCCGCCGCCGCCAGCGCGCUCCGCUCCGCCGCGAUCUCUGCCCUCCACCGCCGCCAAGAUGCUGCUGCUGCUGCUGGGGAUCAUCGUGCUGCACGUCACCGUGCUGGUGCUGCUCUUCGUGUCCACCAUCGUCAGCCAAUGGCUGGUGAACGGCGAGCACGCCGCAGACCUGUGGCAGAACUGCACCUCCGGCAGCCACUUCCAGUGCGUGGCAUCCUCCUCCAACGAAUGGCUGCAGUCUGUCCAAGCCAUGAUGAUCCUCUCCGUCAUCUUCAGCGUGCUGUCGCUGUUCCUGUUCUUCUGCCAGCUCUUCACGCUCACCAAGGGCGGCCGCUUCUACAUCACCGGAGUGUUCCAGAUCCUGGCGGGGCUGUGUGUGAUGAGUGGCGCUGCCAUCUUCACAGUGAGGCACACGGACUGGCACCAAGCCUCGGAAAACACCUCCUACGGCUUCGCCUACAUCCUGGCGUGGCUGGCCUUCCCCCUGGCCCUGGCCAGCGGCAUCAUCUACGUCAUCCUGCGGAAGCGCGAGUGACGCCGCGGGACGCGGCCCCGCGUCACCGGGGCGGCCGCCACGGCCCCGCAGCAGACGGAGGCGGGGGAGCAUAGACGAGAAAACGGAAAAGAAAAUUAACCAAAAAACCAAAAAAAAACAAAACCAAAAAAAAAUGGAAUAAACCCUCCCAUCCAAACCAAACCCAACCGACCCCCAGAGGAAACACUCAAAGGGUUCCUUGUUAAUUGAAGAUGUAUAUAGUAUCUAUGGUUUAAAAAACCUAUUUAUAACACUUUUUACAUAUAUGUACAUAGUCUUGUUUGCUUCUGUUGACCAUGCGCUGUUUUAAAGCCUAAAGCAAGUGCCUAAGGAACUCUCACUCCUAACAGUGUAACAAGAGCGCAGUGAUUUUUCUCUCGUGCAAAAUCCUCUUUGAGCUGAACUCUCCUGCCCUGUCCCAGCCCGUGAGAGCCCCCAGCUCUGGUUUUGGGCUGGCGUGGAUCAGCCACGCCUGGCUCUGCAGCCGGAGGGCUGGGCCCUGCUCCUGCCACACGCUGUGAUCCACAGGGCACGUCCAGAUCUGACGGGAGACACUUCCAAAAGGUUUGAAGGAUUUCGGAGCAAAGGCUUUGAUUGCCCCAAGUGCCUAAAUGACUUAUGUGCCUAAGUCCCACUGCCUUGCCGCCACACCCCCUGGGAAUUUGGGCUUUUAAAUCACUUAGGCCGAGCUGCAAUCCAGCCCGGGCCGUGCCCCCUCGCUCGGCUGCCGGGCUGGGCUGUGCCGAGCGCCGGGAGCUGCUGCUCCCAGCCUGGAGCGUGCUCUGCCCUUGCCGUGGAGCUCAACUGCCCCGAGAAGGCAGCCAGCCCAGCCUGUCCCUGAAAUCCAAUACCAGAUGUAUGAAAUGGUGCUAUCUAUUUACCAUUCCUUACCCUGCUACGCCAUUUAACCUUAGUCACUGGAAAUUCAGUUAACGACCUUGAGGUAAACAACCAAGCUAGAAAUGAGAAAUAAUUCUGUGUAAUAUAAAUGAGCUAUAACUGCUUUUGUACUUAGAUUUGCUCUUACUAUUAUUUUUAAUAAAGCAUUUAUAACCAAGA